CAUCACAAUGUCUUUCUCAGAUUUCUCUAAGGUCGAAACUAUCAAGUCCUUGAACGAGUUCUUGGCUGACAAGUCCUACAUUGACGGUACUGCUGCCACCCAAGCUGACGUCUCUGUUUACCAAGCUUUCCAAAAACAAUACCCACAAUUCACCAGAUGGUUCAACCACAUUGCUUCUUUCACCGAAGAAUUCGCUGACUUGCCAGCUGGUAAGGCUCCAGCUGCUGCCGCUGCUGCCGAAGAAGAUGACGAUGACGUUGACUUGUUCGGUUCUGACGACGAAGUUGAUGAAGAAGCUGAAAAGAUCAAGCAACAAAGACUUGCUGAAUACGCUGCCAAGAAGGCUGCUAAGGGUCCAAAGCCAGCUGCUAAGUCCAUUGUCACCAUGGAUGUCAAGCCAUGGGAUGACGAAACCGACUUGGAAGCCUUGUUGGCCGGUGUCAAGAAUGUCACCAUGGAAGGUUUGACCUGGGGUGCCCACCAAUGGAUCCCAGUUGGUUUCGGUAUCAAGAAGUUGCAAAUUAACUUGGUUGUCGAAGAUGCUUUGGUCUCCUUGGACGACUUGCAAGCUGCCAUUGAAGAAGACGAAGACCAUGUCCAAUCUACUGAUAUUGCUGCUAUGCAAAAGUUGUAAUCGGUUCUAUUGUAUAGAACGGUCAACUUAUGCUAAUUAGUAUAUAAUGAAUACAAGAAUUUUAAUAGAGGCAAUGUAGGACUGGCAUAGUUGGUGUAAAUGUUGGGGAUUUUUUUGCGAUGGAUGGAAGAAGUUUCAUCGAGCCAUUGAAUUAACUACAACGGUAAAUAAUCCUCAUCGUUAUCUAGCCAUUCCGCUAAGCAC